GCCACGCUCAUUCGACACAGUCAGUUCCAGCAUAGGAGAACUCACCAGUGCUUACACUCACUCUUCUCUCGCUGCUGCAUCAUGUCUCUGUCUGCCGAACACUGCUGUGAUAAAACUGGAGACAGGGGUGGUGGUGGUGGUGGUUUUGGAGGUGCUUUGAUCCAUCAGAGAACUCUGAUUCGGGGACUGAUCAUAUGGGUCACGCUACUCACUCUUGGCAUGGCAGCUUCAAUAUCUCUGCAUUUCAUCCCUAAAGAAUCAGCGGCUGCUAGUAAACAACAGGGUUCGGAAACAACCAUCAGUAAUGUUUAUCCUGGAAAAAAAAUUGAUUUAAUGACAUUCACACCGAACUGGGAAAACACAGAUGUGGAGCUCCUGCAGUGGAACACAGUUGCUGAAAAGUUCAUCGAAGGAGAGGAAGAGCUGAUGGUGAAAGAGGACGGCCUUUAUUUUCUGUACCUCCAGGUUACUCUUGACCCGAAAAAGAAAGAAAACCACACAGUCACGGUCCAAACAAAGAACCAAAGUGUGAUCUUAAAAGGUUACAUCAACGGAUCAAACCUCUCAACUGGCUUCAUGGCCACUGGAAUUUACCUGGAUGGUAAAGAUACUUUUUAUGUGACCUGCAAACCCAAAGCCAAAAUCCAGAACUCUCACACUGAAACCUACAUGGGUGUCAUCAAGCUUGGCUAAAUCUCAAUCAAGAUUCAAAACUGUGACAGUAUGAAUGUGGACUCACUGAAAUUUAAAACAUGCUGGAUUAAGCAUAUGGCAUUUCAAUUUGGUAUGAAAUGUUUUUUUAUUUAUUGCUUAAACUGACAUUUGCAAGGCUCAUUUGAAUAUAUUGCACUAUAAUUUAAGCUUUUCAACACAAUGUGUCACCCGGUGUCCAUGUGUGAAGUCGAAUAUUGAUUGUCGCCCAUGUAAAAUUGGGACCCUGUUGAUGCACUUUGUAAAUAGAUAAAUAUAAAGAUACAACUAUUGAGAGAAAAAAUUAAGUGGCCACUCUCAGUUUUUCUGGAUUUAAAAUUUAUAGUUGCGUGUUUGAAGAAAACGUAAUUUGUGUUAAUUCUGUAAACUACUAACACGAUCUCACAGCA